UAGGGUUACCUAGGGCUUUAAUACGAAUGGAGAUUAAGCUAGAUGUUCUCAUCUCUACAUGUAUCAAACAAAGAAAACCAUGGCCUCGCAUCUCCUGGAUUGGACAGGAAAAAGAGGCUAUUUUUCUUCUAGAUGAGAAAGAUAUAAAUGAAAUAAACCUGGUAUCAGGGAGGACAAAGAAGAGAAUCCCUCGGCUGCAGUCGUUGCUAAAAAACGUAGUUGCCUUAACAACGUCAAGAAAUGGUGCUUGGUUGGCAGGAAUACUUACAACAGGAGAACUAUUUCUUUGGAAUAAAGAUCAAGACUUCUUGAAAAUUGUACCAGCGAUUGAAGAGUCUAGGAAGGCAGUUGCAGCAGCGCAAGAGUGUUUGAUGCAAUUGUACUUGUAUGUAUCUGGAGAUGGCAGAAAGGUACUACUCACUACUCCUACAGCAUGUGUCUUUCUUUGGGAGAGCACAGAACAUGGAAAUACAUACUGUUCUAAAAAUUCUUCAAUGACUGGGCGUUGGACACAAAUUUUUCCCGAUGAAUCAGUCAUGUUGCCUUCCACUGAUGAAAAAGAAACUGGAGUGCAUGCUGCUUUUAUACAAAAUGAGAUACUGGGUGAUUGCUGUUUGUGCACUUUUGUGUUCUACUCUGGAGAAUGCAUGGUACUCACUUUUUUGGCUCUGCGGUGGCAUGAAAAUAGCCUCAAAUGUGUUAGUUCUUUGCCAUACCAGAUUCACUGGGUACAGCAGACUUGUUCUCUUGCUAAUCUGGUUCCUCAGUGUGCCUCUGUAAAGUCAAGAGGAGCUUUGCUAACUGCAUUUGCAAGAGAUGGACUUUUACUUGCAGUAGCCGUUAAUCAAAAUGAUCCAAAGGCAACUCAGAUUUUGUUUCUAAACACACUGAAUUUUGUAACUGUUUCGGGUAGCCUUAAAGGUUCCAGUAGUAAGAAUAAAGUGGUCCCGUCCAAGUUUAUCAGGUCUUACUGGGUUGGUGACAUGAGUUGGACUCCCGACAGCCUUUUCUUGGCUUGCAUGUUGAAACGUGGAUCUUUGAUUUUAUUGACUUGUAUGGGUGAAUUGCUGACCUUGAUCACUUCAGGCUGCUCUGUUGAAUUUGGACCAGCACAGUUUAUUCCACUUCAUCCCCUAAUAACAUGCAGACAGCAGCACUCUUUGUGUCAAGACUCUAGUCAGUCUCUUGGUUCUUCAGCUUCUGAAAGUGACCUUUUGAGACAGAGAUUCUCUGUUGCUUCACACUCAAGAUUACCCUACCUCAUUGUCUCGGAUGGAUACAUGAUAACAGUGCUGAGAUUUCCUAACAACCUUUCACCGUCAAGAUUUGUAAGAUCCCUUUUGCUUGAUUCAACCCAACGGCUUGAAAAUAUCCGUCAGAAUUUCAUGAACUGUAAGUCUAAAGGGAGACGACUGUGUUCACGAUCACUGUUGUCUUUAAAAGCUAGUCUUUUGAAACAUGCUCAAAGUCAAAGCUCCAUUUUUCCCACCAUUCCAAAAUUCCUGGAAGAGGACACAACAGAAAUGAGUGAGAAAACCAUGGAUUUACAGGAUUAUGAAGAAGAAUCAGAUGAUGAAAAGCAGUUUCAAAGUAGCUUUUCCAGCUUCUCUAGCCAAAGAAUCACUUCAUUUGUUGGUAAAGCUGAUCAAGGCCGUUUGGAUUUUGCAUCAAUGUUUGAUACCAUUCAUGCAAAAGGUGAUACUGAAGAAAAGGAUAACUUAUCAGUGGAAGUAAAUUCUAUUCAGAAAAAUCUCCUUACUGCCUGGCAGAUAGGGAUUUCAAAAAAUAUGCAAGAAAAAGAUACUUUGCUGAAUUACACAGUAAACUGCUUUACCCAUUUUUUCAACAUACUGCAGUUCAUAACAUGUUCUUCACUAAACCAGGAUGCAUUUUUAAACAAGUCUGCGAAGAGUACUGACUGGACGCAUUGUGUGUUAAAAUACUUUCAGCAGUGUUUAACUCUCCUGUACGGGCAUUCAAGAGCCAGCCUGACUGGGCAUGUGGCGAAGCUGACGUUACAAACGAUAAAACCGAUCCUUAUUCAGCAACAAGAUCAGUUGUUCUCAAAAAACCUUCUGGCAUGCUUCUGUCUCUUAAGGAUGGUUUCUCACACUCUAAGUAGCAUGUGCGUACCACAGUAUGAGAAUAUUUUUGCAUCUCAUGAUGCUAAUGGUCUUGUGCAGCUUGACUCCCUUGUGGUGCCUAUUUUCCUAGUCCUUGAUGAGGGUGCUACUCAGCAAUUCAGCUCACUGAAAUACCUGCUCAGAGAGCCCCCCCAAGCCAUAAACCAUGAUGAAAAAACAGAAAAAAGGUUGGCUAUACUAUGGCAAUUAUUGUACAAGAAAGUUGUUUGGUAUCAGACACAGCUGAACAGAAAACCAUGUAAGAAUGCAGAGGAAGAGUCUGUUGUCUCAUCAAUUUUAAGCCACGUACAAGCAACCCUCCAGUCUUCAGGAGUGACUUUAGAACAACGUUUGAAGCUUAAUUCUGUAGCUGGUGAGGAGAAGUUCCUUUUAGGCUCCUACAGAGAAUCUUUGGAUGCGUGGAAAAGAUCUCUUUGUGAAAUCAAAGCAAAUGGAGGAAAAAGAACAUGUUUUCUUCAAAGUAGAUACUAUCUUGCUAUAUUAUUUUGCCACUUAUAUCACUAUAACUUGUGUGAAGCUCAGGGUCUCUGUGAUCAUCUAGUAGGAGAGAUUCUAAGGCGGUCGCAGCUCUCAGUAAGGCAGAUGGAAAUUUUUUCUGAUACCAAAUAUUCUCAACAUGAACUGUGGAGGAUAACAGAUGUUCAUGCUGAAGCAGCUAUGGCUGUGAUUCAAUCUAUGGCACGAUUCAUGGCCGCUUAUUUCACAAAUCACCUGCUUUAUAUCCUUCCCCCCCACAACGUUGACAUCCUGCAUCCACUUCACAUCAAACCAGAUAUAUCUCCUCGUAUCGUUCCCCUGCAACACUCUUUGGUUACCAGAGCUGUCAGAGACCAGAACCUUUCCUCUGUGUGGACGGCUGAAUAUGCUCUUGACUUGUUCUUUGUUGGUGGACUCAUUCCAGAGGCUGUGUGGCUAACACGCAGGCUUGGGGACUGGAAACUGUCCAUUUCAAUUGCUGUGGCCUACAAUCUAUAUUGUCAAAACUCUGAUCAGUUCUCAAGACUGGAAAAGACAGAGUAUCAUCUGCCGUUGGACUUAUCAGCAACACAGACUUUUCAGGAAAAGUUACAGUCUUUGUUAGGACAACCGGUUACUUCUGAAAGAGCAAAUGAGGAAAGUAUUAAACAGUUUACAGAUCCCAUUGAAGAAGAAGAUGCAAAUGUUCUUUAUGGUUCAGUGCAGGAACUACUGAAAGCUGCUGUUAUGGCAGAUGCUGAUAUUCUUUCAGAAACGUUUCAGCUUUUGAUGGAUUCUGGCAAGGAUCUUGCCAGAAAGCUGUGUGGCUUAGUUCCUGAUGGGCUUUAUCUUCCAGCUCCACCAUUGUACUGUCCUCAGCCGGCUGCUCUCAGUGAAGAAGAUUGCAAUGACGUUCUUCUAAAAGUUGAGAGGGAAGCUCGUCAGAAAGUGUCAGGAGUUCUGCAGCGAAUUAUCUUGCUGUUCCGGGCCGCUCGUUGUUCCUGCCCUGCAGCACAGUGGUAUAUUGCACAACUGAAGAGGGCAAGGAAAGUUAUGCAAAAAAUUCGAAUGAAAGGAUGCCUGCCUUCACUGAGUCCGUUCCCAGAGAGUUUAUUUCGUUAUUCCCGUUUCCCUACUGUAUUCAAUAGACCAGCAUCUUCUGGAGACCAUCAGUUUGAUGAUAUUUCCUGUAAAAUUUUAGGCUGCUUCAGAGAACUAUGUGCCUUGUGUUGGAUGUUUCAUGUUCGUGAAAGAUUAUCUGACAAUUGUAGGCGGUACCAAACUGCAAGAGAAACUAUGAGCAAUCGUAAGGAUCUUAAGGAGAAUGAGUAUGAUGCCUCUACAGUUGAGCAUUGUCUGACUGCAGUGGAAUGGGCUUGUCGAAUGCUUCCUUUCUGCAGGUUCAUGAAUGUUGAAGAAUUAGUUCAAGAUGUAAUUUUGAGUCUUCUUGGAGAAUUGCCACCAAUCAAAAAGGUGGCAGAAAUUUUGGUAAAAGCAUUUCCUAAUUCUGAAGAUGUAAGGGUUCCACUAAGAGAGAAAUAUCACGCUCUUCAACAGCAACUCAGACACUGUAUUGUUAAAGGUCCCAAUAGCGAAGAAGUGAUGUCUCAUGUUAUACAGGCUGCUGAAAAAAUGAGAGUGAAGGCCUUGAAACGUGUAAUAAGGAACAUAGGCCCCAUUGAAAUUAAUAUCUGGGAGCCGGCAGAAGAGGGAGCAGCAGAUGAUGAGGCUCAUUGUUAUGACAGAUUCUCAUUAGGGACUAGUCUAAGCAGAAGUACGCUUACUGAUCUUGGGAAUCCUCAGGUAUAUAGCGAUGCUGAAACAGUAGAUACACUUUCUGAUGCUUUGCUUACUGAAGAAACAAGAGAACAAACACCUUCACUUCAAAGGGAUAAUGAGCCUAGGAGAGGAGGAGAAACAGGUAGCAAGAAUACUGCCUAUAAGAUAAGAACUCUCAACUGGAAAACAAAACCUAAAGAAGAAGUACAUAGAAGGGACCUGCAUAAUCAGUGUAAUUUGCCUAUAGUUGGUGCUUGGGAAUUUGAACGUGAUGAUGAUGAAUAUGUUAUUUUCUUAGAACUCUUUUUGAGUUAUAUUCUUGAGAGAGACCUGAUAAAUUGCAGUGACCUUGGAAUUCCAUUUCUUGCUAGCUUUUCUGGACUUCUUAGAGAACAUGAAUUAAACUCUCUCCUUUUUGAUGUUCAUACAACACUAAAACGUCGACAAGGCAAAACAAGAAGCCAGAGUGUGUUUAGAGCUGGGUCUUGCUAUACUGUCACCCUGUCGUCUUGCAAUCCUGACACAGUUUCUGUCUAUAAUGAAAACCAGAACGUUGUGGAAAAUCAAAUGUCUAUUUCUGUUGUACAGCCAGCAGAAUCACCUGGAUCUUCUGAGCACAACUUAAUGAAAGGACUUGAUAAAGGAUUAUUUGGUUUAAAACACAAGUUAAUUUACAGAGCUCAGGAUGACACUCAAGGAGUGACUGUUGCACCAGCAAGCCAGGCCUUUCCCAACCAUACUUUCUCUAGCUUACAAACUCCAGUCACUUCUAAAUACGUUUACAAAACUAUUCAUACGCUUGAUGUUGCAGCGGGAGAUGAACUAGCUAUAGAAUUGAUGGAUAAAUUCAGCAAUAUAGCAAGAUUACUUGAAUGGAUGAUCAGAUGGUCUGAUAAAAAACUGCUCUGUGGUUCCAAUAAACAUGACUCAUCAGAGGAGAGUCUCCCAAUGAUACAUGUGAAAACAUCAGCAGCUGCUGUCCUUACUUCCUUAUGGCUUUUAGAACAGCUAUUAAAUGAUGGAUCACAAGCAAGGAGGAUAAAAUUUAAGCAUCCAGGUAAUCAAUACGUGAAAGAAUUUUUAUCUGUAUCAGAAGUGCAACCUAAGGCAGAGAAAGAAAGUAGCACAGAUGAAGGCUCUUUUGUCUUGGCAGAUCCUCCACUCGAUGUCCAGAGUAUAAAAGCCUAUGAUGACCUCUGCGAAAGUGGUUUGGGAAUGUCUACGAAGUCAAAUUAUUGUAAGAAAAAGGAAAUUAAUCGUGAGAAUUAUGCUGUACCUCAUAGGAUUGAAGUUCUUCAUGAAGAGGGACCAUUUCUUCGGGAGGAGUUAGCUGUAGUAUCAGAAAGUGAAGAGUUCUUUGAAGAGCCGUUUGAAACUCCAAAAAGCUCCAAUAGCUCUGUCAGGAUCAAACCUGUAGAACGUGAAAGAGGAAAGCCCAUCCCCCUUUCAGAUGUAGAAUAUCCACAGGAAGACCAAAGGGUAGAAGAAAAGGAGAACAGAAAGGCUGAACAGAAUGGUGUGACUGAAACCAUUACUAGUAUCAUUCCUCAUUCACUCAAUUUAGAACAGGAUGCAGGAUUUCCCAGUAAUGUAGAGAUUUCUGGAAGAGAUGGUCAGCCUUCUCUGACUGUUGUGUCCGACAUGUCAAGUGUUGACUCCAGUGCUUCCAUUUGCACAAAACAGCAAGAAGUCAAGAAGCAAGUCUGUACAGAAGAGAGGCUGAGCACAUCAGAAACUGUCAGGCAGACGCUCCAAGAUGAAAUGCUUAAAUUAGUUCAGCUACAGCAAAUCAACUUCAUGACUUUAAUGCAAAUAGUGCAAUCAUCCUUUGCCAGCCUGCCGAAUGUGCAGCAGAUUUUGCAACAGUCUCAAUCUGCUCACCUGGAAGGAAGCCAACCUUCACACACCACAAAAGGCAGUGACUGUGAAAAAUCUUCACGUUCUGCAAAUGCUUGUCUAAAAACACAGCUGCCCACUCAAGAAGAUAAAGGAGAAUCUGAUAAGAGCUCUGGUUUUCAAACAAGGAAUAGUUUAAGAGAUGAAAGCAACGAUGGCCUUACUGAAAAUCAUCUGGAUGUGAAUGUUUCUUUAAGCCUAUUAGAAAACCACUCCAGUGAAACAGGAUUUAUUCCACCAUCUCAAACCUUACCUUCUCCAGCACCUGCUAAACCACUUCAUCUCUUAGCUCCUUCCUCAGAUGUUCAGAAAACACCCAAGCUUAUCCCUAUUAAAAAAACCCGAAAUUACUCAAAUGGAUUUCCUUUGCUUAAACUUGAAUCAGGUUAUCGUUUCAAACCACCAUAUUUACAUCCAAUAGAAAUUUCACCAGCUUUUGCUAGACCACCCCCAGUACCACGACUAGCUUGGAGUUCAUCGGAUUCCUUAUGCAGCCAUCAGUCAUCAUAUACGCCAAGAAAAUGGAGCAAGUCAACAGCACGUUUGAAUGUGAGUAGAUAUGACCCCAAGAUCCUAAGGCAAACAUAUGAGGAAGAGAAAAGAUGGGCAGAAACUGUACAUAAGGGACCUUCCAGACAUCUACAUCCAGAUCAUUAUAAACGACAGCAAGAAGUUUCACCUCAGGAGCAGUUCUCUGCAGAUGUGAAUAUGGACAAAGCACUGAUCCGCAAGAAGUUGGCUGAUAUGCCACUACUGCAUUUGCAGCUUGACCCGGUACCUAAACUUCUAUCAGUUGUAAGACAGCCAGUCACUACUACUUUAAUACCCGUUAAACCUAUAACAAAGGAAACUGACUUCAGAGGAACGCUGCAGCACACAGGAAUAUCAUUGCUACAUGCUGAUCUACCUCAAAAAAAGAAGGUACCAACACUCAUUCCACUUCAAAAGCUCAUUGCGUUUGAGCAACGCCACCAGCAUCGUACUGUGCCCAGUGCUUCCAUUGGACAGGACCAGGCUGAACCUAUCCAGUUACUGAAAACUGACGUUGAACCAUUUGAAGCAAGUGAUGUACAGAAUAGAAAAAGGUGUGAUGAGAAACAAAUGAAAGGGGAGGAGGAAAAGAAGAAACCAAGUGUGACCUUCCGCCCAGAUGACUCCGUCAUCAGUAUUAGUGAUACAGAGAUGGUUGAUAAAUCAGAGAUGGGGGAUCAACAAGCAAAAGCUGCCUCUUACCUUGGAGGUGAUUUCUUCAUUUCCCUGGACACAGUGGGAGAAGCAUUCACUACUUCAACAGACCUACGUUACAUGGCUUCUACAACAAAAAAACCUGCAGAAACUCAAGAUGCAAGUACAAAUACUGAUCCAGUGCCCAAAUCAUAUCAGGAUGUUGGAACUGAUGCUAGAAAUUUGGUUUCUGAAGUUGGAAAAAGUCAGUCAUUCAUGUCAGUUCCUGUACCAGAAUCAUUAAGUGUCCCUGAGAUGUUACCACAAGACAUGUAUUUAUACCUCCCCACUGAAGAGAAUGAGACACCUUUACCACCUUCCUUGUCUGAUGCACCUGAUGUGAAUGGACAUAAAUAUAUCAAUGUGAUUGACAUUGAGGACAGUGACCUACUUAAAGUUUUGCCCGUCAUACCUGAAUCUGCAGAAGAGACAGUUACUACACAGCGAAAUGAGGAGUUUGAAAUUUCGUCUUCUGCAACACUUCAUCACAUGAUAGAUUCUGUUACUAGUAUACCACCUGAGGAGUUUCAGAAGAAAGACAAUCAUCUCAAGAAUGUAUCAAUCCAAAUACAAAAGGAAGAUAAAACGUCUAAUUCUGCUAGAGAUGAUAUAACUUGGAACAUGUUACAUGAGGAUGCCAGAACUUUUUGUUCUUCAGGGCUGCCUGCCAAAAUAAUUGGCAAAGAAUACUUUUCCACAAAGUUGCAGGAAAUGGAUAUACAGCUACAGACACUUCAGAACAUAGCAGAAAACAUGGAGAAGGAUUUCAGCAAUACUAGACUGCUAGUGAAAAUAAUAGAAGAUUUUGAAAUGGCUGCCAAUGCAGACCUUGGUGCUCAUCCCUCAAUCUCUGAAGGUGCUGGAAUCAUUGGUGAUGAACAUUAUUCGACAGGCCUGAUUUUUGCAGAUGUUAUGGAUGAUGAAAAGAAAGGGUUAAAACUGGAACAUCCUGUACCCAGUUAUACGACAUUGGAAGUGCCCUCUUCUGCCUCUGCAGCUUCUGCUUCUAACUUUCCCAGUGGCAUAAAGUCGUCAUGUGCUGACUUUCAUGUACAUGAAGAAUUAACUCGUAGAUCUUCAGAAGAUCCCCUGCAAAUUACUGGCCUGAGUGGUGUUACUGACGUCAUUAAUGAUCUUAUAGAGGAAGGUGGUGUCUCUCCGAUGGAGCUGGGCUUUACACAAAUGCAAGCUAAGAAAAUCUGUAGGAGCCAUGAUUCUGCUGCUGGACACCAUCAAAAAACAGAAAAGGAGAAGAAAGAGAUACGAGCAUGGAUGAAAAGAAAGCGAAAGGAAAGACUGAGAGAAUAUCUGAAGAAACUGGAUGAGCAAAGACAGAAAGAGCAUAAUCCAUUCAAUUUAAGAAAGAAUAUGCACUGUAAUCUUACUUCAAAGGAAAUUAAAUUGAUGCAGAAGAAGAAAGAAGAAAAAGACAAAGCCCUCUUAUCUGAACAUCACAGUAUGAGAGUAUCGCAAGCACUUUUCCUAAUGAAUGAAAUGUUAUCUGAAACAGCGGUGUUACCUGAAAAUGAACAUAGACCGUUGUCCAAGACAAGAUCACUUCAGGAGUACAGAAAACAGCAUAUUGCAUCUACUAACAGAAGGCAUCCUAAGAGCUGCAUUCUGUCGGAAAGGAGCAGGAUUGCUGCCAAAUCCAGCUUUGGUCAAACAAGACCCUGUUUCACCCCAGCUCUUGGUUUAGCGCAAUCCAGGGGCAAUACCACUAUGCUGUUACAGAAAAGUACUUCUAGAGAAAGACCAAGACAUGCAACAAACUGUCCUGUUAAUUCUAGAUACUUUUCUGAGUACAGAGCCAGCAGAACACCAAAACAAAAGCCUCCACCUGUUGCCUCUGCAGUGCAGACUGAAGAUCUUGAUCAUGAGACUGAGCGAGAUGUAGUAAGUCCUUGGAGUGUGCCUGAUGAUAUCCAAAGAAUACUUCGUAAUACUCAUGACUCCUUGUUUCAGGUUUCUGCAGCUCGUACUGUUAGUUUCUCUCCUCUCGGCAUUAAUGAUACUGAUGGUGUUUCUGAAAGCACAGGAAGUAUCCUCAGCAAACUGGACUGGAAUGCAAUUGAGGCUAUGGUAGCAGAUGUGGAAGAUAAAUGAACAAAAUUUCUCUACUGCUGUGCAUUUUCAAAGCAAUUACCAGUGUUUAGGUUUGUUAUUUUUAAUAACCAUUGCUGUACUUAAAAAUGGAUUGAACUUGUACUGGUUAUCAUCUUAAGCAGCACACAAUGUCUCUCUACUUUCACACAUGCCUGGACAAAGUUAAAUUCUUUAACAUGUAGUUUGUUUGUAGGAUGCCUUCAGCUCAACAAGAACUAAGUGCUAAAUGCACACCCAUGGUUGUAAACAAGAUCUUCUGCAUCAGCAACUUUGCCUCUCAGAUGCAUAGUUUUGUUCUAUUUUAAGAGCACUGCACAGCUGUUUUACCAGUUCAACGUGUAACAUCUUUACUGAUGGAGUGAAUUUUGUAACUCAACAGUUGUGAUAAACUGAUUUAAUAAAAGUGAACUUACUAAUUUGUA